CUCCCGCUCGCACACGUCAAUCAGCUGUUCUGCCAACAUGGCCACGCUAGGACGUAGCUCGACGAAAUUAUUGAAAAAAGUUCAAAUUAACCCUGUUUUCUCUCGCAAUUUUAGUAAUGUGAAGUGUGGAAAUGUGAAUAAGACUGUACUGAAAACAUGUGCCUGUGUGUUCGGUGGAAGUUUGCUGUACUACGCCGUAAAAAGCUAUCAAAAUGGAAACACUGUCUACGCUCUCAAAGUUAAGCCGGAUGAACUGGCGAAAUCGGUGAAGCUGACGUCCCGGGAGCGUCGGUUCAUCAAGUUCGCGAGCGUGGAGUUUGGCGGCCAGCUCUACAUGACCCCGCAGGACUUCCUGGAGUCUGUCGUGGAGCAGGAGCCCAGGCCUCGCCUGAAGAGACGCGUGUUGACGCUCAAAGAGAUCGAGUACCUGCGAGACCACACACCAGCUCUGAAGAAAGGCUCCUCGCAAAUGUUCCGGAACCUCAGGGAUAAGGGAAUAAUAUCAUAUACGGAAUACUUGUUCCUUCUAUCGAUUUUAACAAAACCAGCUUCGGGCUUCCAAAUAGCUUUUAACAUGUUCGACACCGAUGGUAACCAAAGAGUAGAUAAGAACGAAUUUCUAGUCAUUCAGCGGUUGCUGGGUGGGACUUUCAAGGAACGCAAGGAUUUGGACGCGAAGAGCCAGGAGGCACUGCUUUCGAUAGUGAAUUCAAGUGCCUUGAAGAACAAGAUGGGGCCGAAGGUGACCGCCGACAAGGCGUCCAUUAUGGAGAAGAUAUUCAGCUUCGCUUGGAAGGGGAAGCGGGGGAUCAACGACGACGCCGAGGGGGGGGACGAGGGGAAGCCCCAGGACACCUACGUCAACGACGAGCAGGGCCUGCAGAGGCGACACAACGUUGAUACGUUCUUGCAGGUCCAUUUCUUCGGCAAGAAGGGAACGAAUGACCUAAAAUUCGAAGGCUUCAAGCAAUUUAUGGAGAACCUGCAAACAGAAGUGUUGGAGUUAGAGUUCCACGAAUUUUCUAAAGGGCACGAAACGAUCUGCGAAGUGGACUUCGCCAAGAUCCUCCUGCGCUACACGUACCUGGACACGGACGAGUACGACAUGUACCUGGACCGGCUGCUGGACCGCGUCAAGGACGAGCGCGGCAUCACCUUCGAGGAGUUCAAGACCUUCUGCCAGUUCCUCAACAACUUGGAAGACUUUACUAUUGCUAUGAGGAUGUAUACGCUCGCGGACCAUCCUAUAUCCAAAGACGAGUUCCACCGCGCGGUAAAGAUCUGCACGGGCAUCUCCCAGUCGGAGCACCUGGUGAGCACGGUGUUCGCCAUCUUCGACGCGGACGGCGACGGGCUGCUCAGCUACAAGGAGUUCAUCGCCAUCAUGAAGGACCGACUGCACCGCGGGUUCAAGUCCUAUGCCAAGAACGAAGGGUGGGAGGCGUUCAAGUCCUGCGUAAAGCAAGAGAUGAAGAGUGCUGUUUAAAUUCGAUCGAUCAAUCGCCUUAGGUUUGAGUGCUUGCAAUCUAAUGUAAAAAAAAAUU